AUGGCGCCGUCGGCUGUGAACGAGGCUGCUGGCACGCCGUCAGAGCUGCCGGACGAGGUGAACAAGCCGCCAGAGGGCGUUAUCUUGCCACCAAAGGACAUCAAAGACCGAGUGAGGGAGAAAGAGAAGAACAACACCAAGUUCUGCUUCCUAAACCCGAACGACGCUUAUGCCCCGUUUUACGCAUGGAGACUGAGUGAGAUCAAGGCCGGUAGAGGGACGGAUGUGUCUGCCGGGCGCGUUGGAGAGGCUGCGCCAGCUAAGAAGGAGGAAGAGUCUAACGCCCCCAAACCGCCGCCGGAAUUCCAGUUCUCGGCCCGGAUGCCCAAUAUCAACGCGCUGGAUCUGGAGGUAGUCAAGCUGACGGCACUUUUUGUUGCAAAGAGAGGGAAAUCAUUCAUGACAUCUCUAUCCCAGCGCGAGACGAGAAAUUUCCAGUUCGACUUUCUUCGGCCGCAGCACAGCUUAUAUCAGUUUUUCACCAGGCUAGUUGAUCAGUACCGGGAGCUGCUGCAGGUCGAGGGACGUGAGAGCGCCGUCACAGAAGAACAGCGGCUGGCAGACCUGCGGGAGAAUGUGACGAACAAAUACAACGUUCUUGGGCGCGCAAAGCAGCGGGCAGAGUGGGUGAAGUACCAGGAGAUGCAGAAGCUGCAAAAAGAAGAGGAGGAGGAGGAAGAGAAGGUGGCCUACGCGCAGAUCGACUGGCAUGAUUUCGUGGUGGUUGAGACGGUGCUGUUCACAGAGGCAGACGACCAGAGCGAGCUACCGCCGCCUACAUCGCUGAACGACCUACAAACUGCGUCCCUGGAGCAGAAGGCGAUGAUAUCCCUACAGCCGCACGACAGACGAAUAGAAGAAGCCAUGCCCACCGAAGACGACUCGACGACAUACUACAACGCAACAUCAGACAUAUCUCAUCAACCCUCUCUCCCUGUUCUACAACCACAACGUCCCGUAUCCACCGGCCCCAUACAACCGCAAGCACCAUCUCCGUCACCCUUCCCUUCAACAGCAGUAACUUCUGCCUCCCUCUCACCCGCUCCCAUGCCAGCAACCGCAUCUCCCACUCCCACCGCACCCCCAGCAGCGCCAGUCCCGGCAGCAGCAAUGCCCGAUCAACAUCCCGCUCGGGACCGGGUCCGCGCCAAUCCCUCACCCUCGCCAGUACCCGGCCAACCGCCCAUGCGCAUUCGAUCAGACUACGUCCCUCGCGCGCAGGCCAAACAUCUCUCCAGCGCCAACCAGCCUACAUCCAUAUGUCCCAAUUGCAGACAGCAAAUCCCCAUCGCAGAAAUGGAGCAGCAUAUGCGCAUUGAGCUACAGGAUCCUCGCUGGAAGGAACAGCGCGCGAAGGCUGAAGCCCGAUUCGCUAGCACUAACCUUUCGACCGUCGAUGUAGCUAAUAACCUUAAGCGUCUGGCCAGUCAACGAAGCGACGUAUUUGAUCCGAUGUUGUCUGGCGUCGCAGGGUCGUCUACCGCUACAAACGAAGAGGACGAAGAAGGCAGACGCAAAAGGGUGGCUGUUGGACCGAACGGGGUGCCCGUGAAUAUGAACGUGCCUGUUCAGCAGCGCUCGUUCUCGCAGCCUAUGCCUACGCAUCCUCAACCGCAAAUGCAUACCCAUGCACCGGGCACAGUACCUGGCCUACCCCCUGGGGCACCAGGGACAAUUCCGCUACCCCCAGGCGUAGCACCUCCUGGGGUGGCAUCUGCACCCACACCCGCGCCGGGCGUGAGCGUGGGCGCUGGCAUUUCCAGACCAAGCAGCACUAGCACCGGCGCCAGCGCCAACAAGCCUCCCGCCAUGCGCGAGCUGCCUCAACCGCCUAUCCAGAAGCCACCGCCUGUGCAGCCACAGGCAGCCCCCGAGGAAGCCAAACCAGACACGCCGCCGGUGAACAUUAACGAGCAAAUAAGGAAGAUUCACGAGAAGAUGGGGCGGUAA